GAGCCGUGGAUCGCAGGAGGUGAUUUCCAGGUCGCGCCGAAUAAGGGGGCGGAGCUGGACACUGUCAAGUUUGCGAGGGCCAUCGUGGUUGCUUCAGACGCCGUGAAGGGCACGCGUUGUUCGACGUGGGCCAACGCUACGAUUGACCACGUCGUGGUCAUCGCGGCGAUCGGCUCCGAAGUGAAGCAGUCAGAGGGCGAGGGUGUUGAACAUCGGAAGGUGUUCGGUGACAUCGCGGCCACUUGUGCGCCGAAACCCUCAGAGCGCGAGGCGGCGGGGAACUUCUGCGACCUGGGCGAUGCGACCAUUCACUGGGGGAAGUUCAUGGCCAUGUUGGGGCAGGGGAAGUUCGCGCCGAUGGGGGUCGAGCGGGCGUCAGACCAUCCACGAGCGGUGAAUUUGAAGGCGGUGACCAGGUCUGUCAAGCGCGAGGACAAGCGGCGCGAGCGGGACGUGCGCGUCGCAUGGGCAAGCGGCAGAGGAUGCCGCGUGGACGUCAUGCUCGCGCGCGAUGACGCCAAAUACCCAG